AUGCCGUCCCAGCGUAAGCCAAUUAGUGUUCGCACAACGCGAUUAAAUAACCUAAUACUCGGGAAGAAUGCUGGCGUAGCACAAAAGCGAAUUUGCCGAGAGGGAUUGCUAGAUGCAUUUUGCUUGCUUUAUAAUGAAUGCGACAAGGAUACGCUAAAGAAGCGGGAUAGGAAUAUAGCUGAAUUUGUGAACAAAUAUCGUCCUAUUGUUGAAGAGACGCGAUCGCUGCGUGUUAAUGCCAAUGAUUUUGAAAUCAAGGCCCUUAUUGGAAAAGGCUACUUUGGCAAUGUUACCUUGGUGGUUGAACGCGAGACUUCCGACGUCUACGCCAUGAAGAAGAUCAAAAAAUCUAUGGUGACCACUUCGCAAGUAGAGCGGGACAUAAUGUCCCGCCGCAAUUCUGAAUGGCUGACUUACUUGCAAUAUGCUUUCCAGGAUAACGAUAAUUUAUAUUUAAUCAUGGAAUAUCUUCCUGGUGGUGAUCUUCUCAGUUUAAUGUCUCGACAUGGACCUUUUGAUGAAGAAUUGGCUCGAUUUUACUUAGCGGAGCUUACAUUAGCUCUACACGCGUUGCAUGAUGUGGGAUAUGUCCAUCGUGACAUUAAGCCAGAGAACAUUCUAAUUGACCGCUUUGGUCACAUAAAGCUCGCAGACUUUGGUAACGCGGCUGCUUUGGAUCGCGAUGGUCAUGUAUUAAGUCUGUCACCUGUCGGCACACCAGACUACAUUGCACCGGAAUUAUUGCAAACAAUAUCAACAUAUAAGCUGUCUAAAUCUAUGCAUGACGUUAGCUGUGAUUAUUGGUCUAUGGGAAUCAUUGGAUAUGAGAUGAUUUGUGAGAUGACUCCAUUUCAUGAAGAUAAUGUACAUGAGACGUACUCGAAGAUACUUUCACACUGCGAAGAUAGCCGCAUAAAGGAAUUAAUUAAUUAUCCCAGCGAUUUGAAAAUAUCCGCCAAUUUAAAGAGUCUUAUAGGAUCGCUAGUCACAAAUCCAACAAAGCGUCUGACCUAUGAACAAUUAAUAAAACAUGCUUUCUUUGAAACGAUUCACUGGAACAGACUUCGUUCACAAGUACCUCCAAUUAUACCCACUAUUAAGUCAGACGAUGACAUAUCAAAUUUUGAAGAUGGAAUCCGACACAAGGCACGACGAGAACAGAAUGCCAAAAAGUCCCUGACUACAAAUAUGAAGUCAAAUGAUUUUAGUGGCAAAGAUCUCCCAUUCAUUGGUUAUGGCUUUGUACACAUGGAGAAUCAAUUUAAUGCAUUAGAUGAGACUGACUUAACGCGGACAGGUAAGCUUCAGGACAAGCUCAAGGAUCUACAGCAAAAACUGAAAUCGCGAGAGACUGAAAUUAUGAUGUUAAGACAGAAUUUACUGCGGGCUCAGCAAACCCUUAAACAGACUGAUAGCAAGUCGCAGGUGAUGAUUGAGGCUAAAUCUGAAAUUAAAAAGUUACAGCAAAUUAUAAAGGAGAAAACAAUGGAGUUGUCUAACUGUAAAACACAAAUAAAAACAUUACAGAGCUCCGCCAAAAUUGACGAAGAAAUGUGGUCAAAAAAAGAAGCCACAAUUACAGACUUGUUACGCCUAAAUCGACAAAAGUACGAGGAAGCGAAAAUCGCUUCCGAGCAGCGAUAUGAAAAGCAACUGGCUGAAAAGAAACAAGAACUAACAGCUGUAGUACAAAAGUUGGAGACGCGCGAAUUGGAAUUAAAUGCAAGGAACGAUGAAUGUAAGCAUCUAGUCGACAAACUUGAUAAUUACAAGGAAAUGAUGAAGCAGCUUAAGGAUCAAAAUCUAAAAAUUGAGACAGAGCGUGAGCAGCAGAGGAGUCAGCUCACUGAUUCGUACGAGCAGAAACUGUUGGAUCUUCGGAAAAAGCUACGGGAAUCUCAGGACAGACAGCGGCGCAUGACAUUGGAACUGCAAGACGUACGAACGGAAUUAGUCGACUCUAUUAGUUCAGGGAAGUCAACUCAGGAGGCCAAGCACGCCACAGAGCGCAGUAUUGAAGACAUAUUAAAGCGUCUGAACAUUGAAAUAACUGCCAACAAUGAGCUGCGUUCCACAAAAACAGCCUUGGAGUGUCAGCUCAAUCUGCUUAAAAAGGAGUCUCAGGAGGCACAGGCUGAGUGCCAGCGCUUAGAGCGUGAGCUGCAGCUCGCUGAGUGCCGCUGUAAUAUAGCAGAGUCAUCCCUUGCCACCCAAACGUCACCAUAUGAGACAGCCCCUGGAUCGCUUACUGAGCUCCGCGCUAUAGAAGAUCAGUUGCGAGCGGAGCUUUUGGAGGCCAAGGAAGGAGAAAAUGCGCAGAAGGCUCGAGCUGAUCAGCUCCAGGAAUUGGUUACUAAGCAUGAGCACACAAUAGAGCGCAUCCAUGUGCACAAUUCUGCAUCGAAAAAGUCCAAAUCGUCCCUAGGGUUGGACAAAAGCGCCGUUGGUGAUAUGCUUGAGCGACAGAAUGAAAAGCUGGAAGAAAAGCUGGCCACUGUACGGGAACAGAUGAUUGUGGAGCGGCAAGCUGCACGUGCGGCCAAUCUGUCGCUGUGGAAAGUAGAAAAGCAGCUAGAGGAAGCUCUCGCUGAAAAAAAAUUGUUGGCCAGGCGCAUGGAAUUGACAGAUGAGCGUGCCAAGAAGACACAACAUGAACGCGAGGAGACGGAGCGAGCCUUAAAAGCCGCGCACGGGGAGACUCUUCAGCGAGAUGCUCGCAUUGCCGAUAUAAAGCAGGAAUUGGCUGCAAGUAAGCGAGAUGUGUUGAAGGAGCAUCGUAUGUGGGAAAAGGCCGAGCAGGAACGUAUGAAGUGCAAGUCCGAAGUUAUUGAACAAUUAGCUAAUGUGCACAAGCUUGAGCAGCAGGCUACAGAGCUGCGCCAGAUGCUGCGACAAUCCCAGGAGCGCUGUAAGGGUUUUGAAAUAGAGCAAAAGCGUUUGCAACGGGAACUUCAAGAGGAGCGGGAUCAGAAUACUUCAGCUGGAGAGGGCAAUCAUGCAUUGCAGGUAGAGCUAAAACAACUAACUGAUAAUUUCCAACGAUUGAAGUAUGCGUGCAGUAUAACCGAUAACCAAUUAACUGAAGUGGAGGCGAUGCUGGAGAAGGAGCAGGAGCGAAAUAAAGCCCAGCAAUUACAGCUGGACGCCUGUCAUGCUAAGCUGCAAGAGCGUAAUAACCAGCUGACCGAGUCACGUAAGGAAAUUAGCAUAUUGGAGUCGAGCAAGCGCAAGGCGGAGCAGCUAUCACAAGUGCUGUCCGCUGAACUGGAGGAUCAAAAGGAAAACCUAAAACAAUUGCAGCAGAAGCUAGUGGCACAACAUAGCCAACUGGUCGAGCAGACCAACGCACUUUCUGGUGCCCAGGAGCGUGUGGAGCAGCUGGAUGCUCAAAACGCUAAUUACCAAGUUCAAAACUCUGAUAAUGAGAAGGAACUGCACAGCCUAAAGGAGGAGAAUGCUCGCAUUCUUAGUGAACUGUUUCACCGAAAGGAAGCAGUGUGUAAUCUGCAGGCCGAGUUGGAGAACAUUAAAGCGUCUAGAUUGGAGCUACACGCCGAGAUCGAUGAACUGCAGAACGUUCUAACAGAGAAGGAGCAGUUCUAUGUUCAGCGUGACAUAAAGGCCAUGGCAACGUUGGCUCAGCACAAAAAGCUCAUCGACUAUUUGCAGUUAAAAGUAGAAGACUUGUCAAAGCGAAAGAAAACCCUUGCAGACAAAAUUUUUGGCUCUAGCACCACUAACAAGGAAAACAUCUCGCCCAAUGAUGUGGAGUCCUCGAUUUUGUAUCGUGCUCUGAAAGAAGAGCUGCGUCGAGAGCAGAAAUAUUCCAAGUCGCUACAAGAGCAACUCGAUCAAUUAAAUGGAAUUGCUACAUUGCGAUCGCCGCAUAAGUCGACCGGUAGAGUAAAAGAUGAUUUGGAUGAAGUAAACAAGGCACGACCUAUCAGUAUUGCCGCCAUAUCGUGCUCUCCAGUUAAAAAGCCAGCGAGCUUAAAGCGAUCCAAUAGUCAGAGUGAUGUAAAAGUUAAUGCUAAAUCCACACUAAAGCAGUCAAUGGAAGUAACAGCUCAUCAUCGCUUUGAGCUGAUUUUGCAGGAAACAAAACUUAACACUGAGUGUUGUCUAUCUUGCGAGCUACCUAUUAUGGCCGGCUCUUCGAAUUGGCGUUGUAAGGAAUGUAAGCAAGUAGUCCACCGAAAAUGUCGGGCCAACGUAAGUAACGAGUGUGGCAACAAGCCGACGGCACCCGCACCAGACGACGAUGAUAAUUCGUCAAGGCCUGACCUACGACUAGAUUUGGACUCUAGUCGUAGCAGUCUCGACACAAUGCAGAGUGAUGCCAAAUGCUCGUCCAACUACAUGGGCACUAAUAUUUACAGCAAUGCUGAUCAAGAGCCCAUUGAAAUCAAUUGCGCUUACGAGAUACUGGAGCAGAAGGUUCUUCUUUUGGGAUGCAGCAACGGUCUAUUUGCAUACAAUGUAAGUGCGCAGCGGUUGUUGCACAUUGCUGGCAUUGAGUCAGUGAGCCAUGUGUCGGUGUCGAAGAGCUUGUCCAAGGCUAUAAUGGUGGGCGCUACUGGAGAGAAACUUUACCAGUGCGAUUAUCGGCAACUAGAGUCUCGUUGUCAGAGCUCGAUUGAAUGCCAAAAGCCCACGCUGGAGACUUCCGUAAUUGAACUACCGUUUGCCAAUCGGACGGCUACCGAGAAAUGGAAGCUUGUUCAAAUAUCAAACGAAUCGGAUAAUGCACUUGACUCAGUGGCGAUUGCGGCAACAUCUACCCGUAUCGUAAUACUAAAGUAUGACCUAAAGCUACACAAAUUCAAACCAGUUCGUGCACUUGACACAGCCACUCCUGUGACAUCAAUAUUUUACACUCGCCACUCUGCCAUUGUUAGCUCGGACAAGUUUUAUGAAAUAGAUAUGGACAACUAUGCAGCUGAAGAGUUUGUUGACCUGUCUGAUAAAUCCCUGCAGCAUACAAGUAACUGUCAGCCCUUUGUUGCAGUUCGAAUUUCUCGCCAGGAGAUUCUACUCUGCUUCGCCGAAUGCGGUGUAUUUGUAGAUGAAUUUGGCUGCCGCUCGCGCCCUUAUGACUUGAAUUGGGUUUAUGCCCCCACUGGGUUCAUUUACCGCGAACCAUUCCUCUAUGUGUCGCAUUAUCAUUAUGUGCAGGUGAUUCGUCUGCAUCGAUCCUAUAGCAAACAGCUCAACUGCGGCACUAGUUCAGAUAAUACCGAACCCCCUAAGAUGAAACGCCUGUAUUUGCCACACUAUAUGCCUACAUUGCUGUGCUCCAGUGGUGACACGAACGCUUACUCUUUGACCAUUGACCAACGGGCGGGAACUCAGCAGAUAUUCCACAUUAAUGUAUUUGACGCCUUUAAGCAGAAGCUGAAUGUUUCUAUGGAGAGUAUUUCGUCGGUAGCCACAUCUGUCACACUUGACUCGAGAACUGACUGACAGUCCUUAAAAUAAUUUUAUACCUAACCAUAUUUACACUUUUGUCAAUGAAUCUAUGCAUUUGAAUCAUAAUUAAGCCAAUGGAUGUCAAUGGAUUUUAUUAUUAUAACUUGCAAAUAAAUACACAGAUACUUCU